CAACGCGAUACUGUCAAAAUGUCAAAAUGCGCUAAUGCUUUUGAUUGCGACCAUUUCGAUUUAUUUGGUCUAUUUAGAUUUUAGGAAAUACAUUACCAGCCGUGAGAAGACUUGUAUGUGAAGGAUAUAUUUGUUCUAAUUCUUAGGUACAAUUUGUAAAAAUGGGGCGCCGAUCGAUAAAUACCACGAAAAGUGGUAAAUACAUGAACCCAACGGAUCAAGCCAGGAAAGAGGCGAGAAAGAAGGAGUUGAAGAAGAACAAACGGCAAAGACAAAUGGUUAGGGCAGCUGUAUUGAAAAUGAAGGAUCCCACUCAGAUAUUAGAAGAAUUACAGAAAAUUGAUGAAAUGGAAUAUAAUGUUUUACAACCAUCACCAUUAAAUGAAAAAGUACUUAAGGAGAAGAGAAAAAAGUUGAGAGAAACAUUUGAUAGAGUGCUCAAGAUGUAUGACAAAGAUGAUCCGGAAAAAUGGGUUGAGCUAAAGCGGCAAGAAAUGGAGUAUGAAAAAAGGAAGGCUCAUCUAAUUUCCUACUAUGAGUCUGUGAAAUUGGCACAAUCCGUGCAAGUGGAUGACAUCCCCUUACCCACAUUACAAAUGCCUGAGAACUACGUCUAUGGAAACAUGGCAUCCCAAAUACCAAUGCCAAUGGACAUAGCACCACCUAGCGCGCCAAUGAAACCCAUUCUCAAAAAGGACUCCGUCUACAAAGAAAGGCCAGCGGGCGCAGAAGCCCCCGGCGUGCCGCCCGGACCUCCGCCAGACUUCGCGCUGUUGCUGCUCGACGCCGUGCAAGAGGAAAAGGAGGUGGGCAAGGAGAAGAAGAGUCUGCGGUUCUCAGACUUACCCGAUGAAGGCCCGCCUGGAGAGAAAUGCAUCCCCAUGCCGACAAGCCUCCCCCAAGCGUCCGAGGACUUCAACGGCGAAGCGGAACACAUGGACCACAACAUGGAACAUAUGGACGAGGACUCUGAGCUGGCAAACAACGCCGCUCCCAAACCAACGUCGUUGCAGCAGAGAAUGUUGGCACUCUCCGGGCAGAAUAUAGACGACUUUAUGAAGGAAAUGGAGGAGGUCCACAGAAAGAGAGAAAGAGAUAGAGCGGCGGACUUGAAUGCCAGAUUGACAGCACUGAAGCGUUCGGGUGGCCAACGCGAUAGCGACUCCGAUAGCGAUAACGAAACGCCAAUGGCACCACCAGCUAUGCCAGCUAUGCCUCCGGAGUUCAUACUAGAACCCCCUGGCGUCGAGAUGAGACAGAUGCCGCCACCGUUGAUUCCACCGGGGCUCCGGCCGCCGCCGCUGCUCGUGCCGCCGGGCGCGCUGCGGCUGCCGGCGCGCGCGCCGCCCGGGCCGCCGCCGGGCGCGCCGCGGCUGCUGCGGCCGCCCGGGCCGCCGCCCGGCGCGCCGCCGCGCCUGCUGCGCCCGCUCGUGCCGCCGCCGCCGCCCAAGCAGAUGCCGCCCUCCGUGCUCAUGGCCGCGCCCAUCAUACACAAGAAGGACGGCCCUCAAGGAGCCACAAUCACAGCCAAGCCCCAAAUCCGCAAUCUAUCCGCCGACGUGACUCGCUUCGUGCCCUCCGCUCUCCGCGUGAAGCGCGAGGACAAGAAAGCCAACACGAAACUCAAGCCGGCGGUGCAGCGGCCCGAGAGCGUGCCCAAGCAGGCCCCGAGCAAGGACGACGCUUAUAUGCAGUUCAUGAAGGAAAUGGAGGGGUUGUUGUAGAAUGGGGAUAUAUGGAACUGUUUUAUGUCACGAAAUAGAGCUGUUUGAGUUACAUGCCAUCGUCGAACUAUUUGUAAGCCUUAUUGCGACGAGAAAAAGUCUAACUUCGGUCAGGUGUCUUACUGUUAGUAGAUAAAGUAAGAACUUAAGAGCGUUUUCACAUUGUCCGAUUCGAUAUCGGAUGUCGGAAGGAAGCAAAAUGUAAGAAAUAUAAGUUUCUACUCUCCUGCAGCCGUUUUUGUCAUAGGCGCCGUCCGAUAUCCGAUAUCGGAAAGGCGCUUCCGAUAAAAUCUGCCAUAUCGGAGCCCCCCGUCAGCUGUCGGACCGAUAAUAUUUCUUUGUGUGCGUGUAGGCAUGAUUCACAGACAAAACAUCCUUCAGGCUUAGCAUAGUCGCGCUACCCCCUCUGCCACGCAUACGGUAAAUUUACUCCAUGUUCGAGCCGAAAGUGUCUUUGUGUGACGUCCGUAUCUUUGAACGGACCAAUCACGGCACGGGACUUCGCUCACCUCGUCCCGCCCACCCCCGCAUUUUUGGCAUCAUCGGUUGCAUGAAAUAAUUGCUCUAAACUCGAGAGGAUUCCUAGUCUAUGGUAUGAUUCAUUAUGUAGUGUGCGUGACCGCUAAAGGCGGCGCCCAGGCGCCCCCCCGCGGCCUGACUGGGGAUGUAGGAUCCUACAUACGAUAUCGGAUCAGAUAAUCUGAAAACGCUCUAAUGAAACGGCCACGUUCGUCGUACGUACCGCGACAUUGACCGCAGGUAUCAUCGUCUGACCAGCAAUAUAAUAAUGCGAGUGUGAUCUAGAUAGGAAUAGGCGGGUCAUUGUACGAAGUUCUUUCUGAGUGUCCUUACUUCAGUGUUACUAUAGUAUAUUACCACCCACCAUUGCCAUCUGCCAGAGAUUGCAUCUUGUCUCGCUGUACAAUCGAGAACAAUCGACGCGUUUCGUGAGAUAAAUAUCUAUAAAUAAAUACAGUGUAUGUAUUAAAUUAAGUAUCGUGAAAUACAAUUAUUGUUAAGUA